AUGAGUGAAGUUGCCUCUGUUGAUGGCUUAACUCCUAAUGAACUUAAGGAAGAAUCUCUAGUUUUACCGUUUGCAGAUGCCCCAAGUAUCGUACAAGCACAUCAAAAAGAUGAACAAAUCCAAAGUAUAUUGAUUGAAAAGACUAUAUCAGUACUUAAGUCUAUAAAGGGUCAGUUGUUUUCGAAUACCCAUCCGAAGGAAAUAGGUCUAGGAGUAAAGUUAUUGUAUUUAACGUUGACUACUUUGCGAGGUAAUAGAACACUAGGAGAAGAAUAUGUUGACCUGAUUUAUGUUAAUAGAAAGGGAACUAAAUUACUGAAAAGAUACAGAAAAUUAUUGUUUAUACUUUCACAUAUUUUGGGCUCGUAUAUGGUUUUUAAAUGCUAUAGACUUUUCAAAAAGAUAACUGGUAACGAUGAGCUGGAUGGAAACAGUAACGAGGAUAAUUCAAAAUUCAGUUUCAAAAACCUUUUAGACCUGUCUCUAGAUACGCAUAUGAUAGUCUUUUAUUUCCAAGGGGCUUACUAUGAUCUUUCGAAGAGAUUAUUUGGAAUGAAGUAUGCCUUAGGACAUCGAGUUUCCAGCAAUGAAAAACAAUUUAGGGAUAAAAGUUCUAAUACCUAUACUAUAGUAGGUUACAUUAUAUUACUUCAAAAUCUAGCCAAAGUUAUACCUAAAAUAAUGGAAAGGCUGAGACAACUUAAUUUCAACAGCGCUUCAAAUAAUAACGAAAAAUUGCAAAUAAGUAAUAAAGAUAGACUACGAAAUGAUGGAACAAUAAUAAGGAUACCCAAAGAACAAGAAGUAGUCCAUAUAUCGUUAUCAGAUGAAAAGAUUUUACCCUUCAUUCCACCGAGUUCAAGGAACUGUAUCCUUUGUUUAAAUGAUAUGGUAGACCCAAGUUGCUCUCCAUGCGGUCACAUAUUUUGUUGGAGAUGUUUGAUGGAUUGGUGUCAAGAAAGGGCAGAAUGUCCUCUAUGCAGACAACCAUGUCUACCACAACAGAUAUUACCUUUACAACCUUAG